AUGGGUAGAGUUGGCCUUUUCAUCCUUCUGUUCGCCACUCUUUUGCAGUUUGCACACUGUGCUGGUGAGUUUUUGUGGCGUAGAAAUCGAGAAUCUAGAAUAAAGAAUCGUAUUAUAGACCCGAAACCACAAUGCAAAUUCACGGCCACCAAUGGAUUCUACGCCCACGUGCCGUCGGAUUUGUCGAUCGGAGAAGUCGUGUUCAAUGGAUCCGUGAGCCCGCCGGACGCCGAAAUGACUAUCGCCAAUGUUCGGUCCGACGCGUUCAAAGAUGUGAGUUUAGAAGGUUUUUGCACGAAAAUGGGGGUCUGGAACGGAAAAAGUCCAUUUUUGACGACGUACAUCUCGAGAACCGAACAGUUUUUCGAAUAGUGAUGGGGCUAUUCAGCGUAUGUUUGUUUUCCGUUUUUUUACAUCGCUGAAUUGGAUUUUUUGACGUAAAAAAACGAAAAAAAACGGAAAACAAUCAUUUUUUCACAGCCUGAAUAACCCCCUGAUUAACUGGAAAGUUGUUGCAAAUUCCGUGCUCUACCACAUUGUUUUUGACAGUUUUUUUAAUCAAAUUGCCUCGUUCUCAAAAUAUACGCACUGCUUUUUUUCGAAAACAUUUAAACGGCAAAGUUGUUGAAAAUUUCACGCUCAACAACUUUGUAGUUGACAAUUUUGCUCCAAAAUUCUCAGUUUUCGAAAUAUACAUCGCUCAAUGCUAGCUCUUUGCCAAAAUCAACAAAGAACCUGAAAAUGCUCAAAAAAAUGUGCUCAAGUGGCAGAACAAGAAGAAAAUCGGCGAGAAACUACAGAAAAUGCAGCAAACAACGAGAAAAAUAGACCGAAAAUCAUUCGAGUUUCGAAUUUCGCGCGACGGUAGGUCAAAACUAGCGAUGGGUCUCGCAACGAACGGACAACUUUUGACCUACGCGCGCGAACCCCCAAAAAUUUGGCAUUUAUGACCAUGUUUCUCUGAUGCGAGCACAAUAUUGCACUGUCUGCGAGGAAAGCAGUAUGUUUUCUCGCGUUUUCUCGCGUUUUCCUAUAAUGCCGCGUCCAAAGUCUCGGAAAAACCGGAAAAACCGCAGGUUUUUCUGUCCAAAGUCGGCCGAAAUUUGCGUGAAAAACGGGGGUGCGCACAGCUGAACGAAUAUGUAACCGUUCCCCCCAAAACUACGGUAUUUUUUGAAAAUUUGCGCAAGAAAUUUGAAUAUUUUCAAAUAUUCUCAAGAAAUUAACAAGAAAUUUGCCGACUUUGGACAGAAAAACCUGCGGUUUUUCCGGUUUUUCCGAGACUGGACGCGGCAAAAACGAUCACUUCUACUUUUUCAGACCGACUGGUCGGACCGCGUGGUGAUCGACAGAUCCGAGGUGUCUGCGGGCGCGUACCUGGUCCGUCUCGCCGCCUCUCUCUCGCUGCCCGUCUAUCCAUCGACGCUCCAAUCGGCGAACCUCUUCGUGACGGUCGUCUGCAACGGGUACGCGUAUCCGCUGUUCACAGUGCACAUCGACCCGACGAACCGGUUCGCUCCACAAUUCUACCACGAACCGUACGUCGUCGCCGUCCAGAAGGACCUUCCGGCGGGCAGUGUCAUCGAAACGCCGGUCGCUGCGAUCGACUGGGAUCCGGCGGAGAAGUACAACAUUAGGGUUUGGCUCGAGGAUGCGCACAAGGGAUUGGAGCUGGUGGAGGAGCGGAGGAGCUCGAGCGGGCUCAUAUCGGGCAGUGACGGAUGGACCGAGGACCAGUUGCCGGGACUCGUCAGGCUUAGAGUUACCGGUCCCUAUCAAUUGCCCAUGAGUUUGAGGCUUAUUGUUUCGGUAAGUAUCACUCGAGAUUGUCAAAUUUUAUUAAAAUAUUGCAGGACAAUGCAAAACCACCGCGAAAAUCGACGACUUUCAUUAAUUUGGUGGAAAAAUUGGCGGCAGGAUCGGUGAUCAGAACUGUAGGUACGGUACCUCCAACCACGAGCAUGCCAACAACCACAAGGACCACCAGCACGGUCCCAACAAGUUCCACGACAACAACAACAACUACACCACCACCAACCACCACCACCACAACUAUUCCGAGCACUUCCACCAGUAGCACCACACCGGAGAAUCUUCCGGAAAUCGUUUUGGAUUCGGAUGUGACCAGAACUGAUUCUCCUUCAGACUUUACCUCUUCGACUUUCAUCCCAACCACUGGCACUGAGACCAAGUUGACCGUCGACCAGGACCUAGUUGAAAAGCUGAAAAAGACGUUGGAGAUGAUUCCGCAGAAGAAGGGCAAAGAAGAAGAAGAAGAAGAAGAACUGGACGCCAUCGCUUUUGCGGCGAAGAAUCGGGAGAUGAACGCGAUAGAACCGGACGAAUCCGGCGAGAUUGAAAAGUUAUCCGACGCGCACCCGUCCGAGGAUCAGGAGCCGACGCCGACGCGAUUCGCGCAAUGCUCCCUGCGGACUUCGAUUGUGGAGAACUCGCCGCGAGGCACCAACGUCGCCAGAUUAGAGAUUCUCAAUAAGACGAACACGACAACAGUGCGUCUGAUAGACCCGGACGGUACCUUUGCGAUCGACAACGAAACCGAUGAGAUUGUGGUGAACGAUGCGAGACUCGUCGACCGGGAACUCUUCAGCACACUGGAACUGGUAGCUGAGAUUGAGGUUUGUCCAUCUCGACAAUUAUUGCUGCUUUCGAAGAGUUGUCAACUGCUAAGUUGUUGCAAAUUUUGUGCUCCACAACUUUGUAGUUGACAGUUUUGUGACAAACGUCUCUAUUCUCGAGUUAUGUACGCUCUAACCACAACCAUUUUCCAGAACGCCGACCCGUCGGUUCAAUGCUCGCGAAUGCGAAUCUACGUGGAUUUGGACGAUGCGAACGACAAUCGUCCAGUGUUCGAGAACGAGAAUUACUUUUUUCCAAUCUCGGAAAACUUUCCGCCGGGCCAAGAGAUUGGAAAACUCGUCGCGCAGGACAUUGAUCAGGGCGCCAACGGACAGAUCACCUAUCAUCUCAUGACGGCCGACGUUCCGUUCCAGGUUGGCACGCAGGGAAAGAAGGCGGUCCUGAUGAGCACCGGAAAAAUGGACCCCUCGGUUUACUCGUACAAUUUGAGCGUAGAAGCCAGGGACCAUGGCGAGAUCGCAAAGUCCGCACGAGUUCCCGUCGAGAUUUUUGUGCUCUCGUCGAAGAUUGGAAAGAAAGAUUCGAAAGAGGAGGUGAAGAAAGUGGGCGGAGUCAAGACGAAUGUCGUGGCGACGACUGAAGCGGUUCCGGACGGAUCGGAAGAAGAUGUCGAGGUGGUGACCGUCAUCGAGGAAGUUAUUGAGGAAGUUGAGGAGGAGGAGACUUCAGAAGCUCCACAGACGACGACUUCUGGAGCACUGGAGGAAACUUUUGAACCUUCUGAAGGUCAAGAAGAAGAAGAAGAAGAAGAACCAGAAGCCAAAGUAGAAGAGGAGGAAGUGGAAGUGGAAGAAGAAGAAGAAGAGCCAACUGUGGAGGCUACCACAACUGAAGCAUCCGUUUCUGAUUCCGAAACCGACAAUACCCUUCCGAAAGAAGUCGAACCGCCCGCAAUCGCCAAAACGUUUUCAUUCGGACAACCCGAGUACAAGUACGAUGCGUUCGGAAUGGAAAUUAAGGAGAACGACGUGUUGGGACGAGUGGAAGCGCAGCCGAACGUCGAGUUUUACGCGGUCGAUAGAGAGGUGCUGUAACUCGGCAACCUGUGGCUAUUUCUGUAAAAUGUUGACUGAAAAGUUGUAGUAAAUGUUGUGCUGAACAACUUUCUAGUUGAUCGUUUUGAACGAAAUUGCUUAGUUUUUGAGUUUCGAGUGAUUUCGUGAGAAGAUUUUAUUUGAGCGGUUAAUAGUAAUAAGGUGACACUUUGAGUCCUCAAAUCAGGCCGUCAAAUUAGUUUUAACAAAACGUUGUCAAUUGCAAAGUUGUAGCAAAUUUUCUGCUCUACAACUUUGCAAUUAACAAUUUUCUCCCACCAUUUGUCCUUUUCGAGUUAUGCCCUAUUUUCCAAACACUUUUUUCCAGGUAGCCGGCACGAUCAAAAUCAACGAGAUGGGUGAAAUUCUGGCGGGCCGGAACCUGAAUCGUCAGUCAGACGGUCCCAUCAAAUUCGGAAUCUCGGCCACGAAUGGCUUUGAAACGGUAGGCGCUCCCAAAUGAAUCGGAAAAGGCAAGAAAGAGACAAUGCGUGGGCGGUGGAGGGGAGGUCCGAAAAGGAGGACCAGCCGGCUUUCGGUCCCUUGACGGGCGGCUAAUUGGCUCACCUGUUGUGAGCGAGAGAAACGGACAAUAACAGGGCGGGCAACGAAGAUAAAUUGGUCUCUUUCGGUCGGUGUGCACUUCUUUUGCCGCAUCCGCUUGCCGCUACUUUUUGAUGUUCAACCGACUGGGAUCAAAUGUUGUUGGUCCCUCUUGGAUAUUCUGCGCUUCCAGCCAUAAUGUAUACGCCCUGGAGACGCCGACCAAAAAUAACGGGUGUGACGCAGUGGUAACGCUGCAGAACUUUAGUCUCAUUGGCCUUUUGGUUCGAUCCCCACCGGGUCCAAACUUCUUCUCUCUUUUGAACUCUGUCUAUUCGGUCGACUAUAGAAUGCGAUUCUCCUCAUCCGCUGCACCUGUUCCCAAUUCCUUAUUCAUCCGUAAACAGUCGUGGUAUGGUUUCCGCCCACAAAAAUCGUCUAAUCCGCUGCUAAUUACAUGUUUCCCUUCCCCCUUGCUUCACAAUUGUCGUUUUCUUUUUCUUUUUCCCCUUCCUUUCUCUUCAAUCCGCGUAAAUGUGCUCGGAACUUGCGAGCAUUUCCUUUUCCGAAAGGUAUUAAACGCCGCCGAAGGCAAAAUAGAAUUUGUUAAGAUUACUCUUUCCACUUUACAUUUCUCGGAUAAAUCCCAAAGUUGUACACAAUUUCUCCGAGUCCUACUUGAUCGAUUUACACCUGAAAGCCGACAAAACUCGUGUUUGCGCAUAGCAACGCCAUGCGAGCGAGUUUGUGUGGCCUAGUGGCUAGCGCUUUUGCCUAUAGUAAUCCAUUGCAUCCUCCGGUUCGAAUCCCCCAUCGUCUUUUUUGAUCUUUGUCUCUUUGUAACACCUAAAAAUGGCAUAGAACACGUCCCCCCCCAGGUCCCCAAUGGAUACUUGUCAAAAGUGCGCGAAAACCUGGUGUGCAUAUGUAAUAAUGUCCAUAUUCAUGUACGUAUUGCGUGUGUGUGUGUGUGACAAGCGUCCUCCAAAAGCACUAAGUGGGGGUCCAUCCAUAUAUUAUUAUGUACGACUAGGUUUUCAAUGAAAAACGAGGUAUUAUUACGCGAUGGCCCCACUCAUUAUCCGGUUCGCUCGUGUUUUUGUUACACAAUCCCCCCCCCCCCUUUGUACAUAUGAGAAAACACAACAACAAAAAAUAACUCGGUUUUGUGCCAUGGCAACUGGUUUUGUCGUCCUGCGUCCUCUUAGAAAUCCUCUCCCUUUGCUCCUUUUUUUUUUUUGGGCUUCCUCCUUCUAAAUCGGAGCAGGUGCAAAGCACACAUAAUUGCCAACAUUUACCUUCUGCCACUCGCCACUCGAUUUCUCUCGAUGCACCACCAUACCACCGAAUACGCGUCUCACUUCAGAAUUCAAUGAAAAGGCGCUGACUGACGCACUUAUGCGAUCGACACUAAAUGACCGUUUAUGUACUGUUAUUAUUGUUUCACUUGUUGUUCGCCGAAUACACUGUAAGUUUGGGGCGGAAAAUUUAGUUCGAGCGUUUGAGCAUUCAAAACCAGAAAAUGUCUCAACUAUUAUAGGGGCACCGGAUAGAAAGGGCGCUCUGUUCGCAAUCUGGCCGAAUUUCUAGGCCGCGAAGUAAUUUUCCACUGAAAACGUGGCCUAACUUUUCAAACUCGGCCCCGAGGUCGCUCAAUUUGCACUACAAAAAGAGUUUCUCAACAGAGCGCCAUUUCUGUGCGGUGCCUCUAUAAUAAUUGUGUAACAUUUGUACCAUUUUCAGACGCGCGCCGAAGUGACAGUUUUGCGUGACGCCAAUCGAGAUGUCAUGUCGGCGAUGCCACGUUUCGAUCGUGACACGUACCGAUUUGAGAUCAAGGAAAAUCAGCAGCCGGAAGUUAUCGGAAUCGUCAGGGUUGGUUGCCUUUGAGAGCGUGCGUCUCGAGAAUUAUUGUCGGUUUCUGAAUGUUGUCAACAGUAAAGUUACUACAAAUUUUAUGCUCUACAACUUUGUAGUUGAAGAUUUCCCUUCAAACUGUUCAGUUUUCGAGUUAUAGGCGUUCCACUCGGCGCUCUCCUCCUCGGAGACGCUUCAUCUCACGUAUUCGUUGAUUGCUCCCGCACAAAUCGACGAACUGCCCAUUGAGAUCCACGAACAGUCGGGCGAAGUGAGCACUUCUCGGCCACUCGACACGGAGCAACAGCGAUUCUAUCGAUUCCAGGUAUCGUCCUGGACAAAAACCCAGAAGAAACGAGGCGUAUUGUAGGUGCGCGCGUGUCUGACACAAACAAUCUGCUCGUCGAGUGACGUCAUCGUCGAAGUCGUCGACGUCAACGACAAUCCGCCGGUGCUGGCGAGCCGGAGACUCGAGGCGACGGUGGAGAGCGACGUGCCGCCGGGCACCAAGAUUGUGAAGUUGUUCGCGAACGACGCCGACUCUUCCGGCAACAAUAGCCGGAUUACGUUUGCGAUUACCAACGAGAAUGGUUGGUGCUUGAACACUUCCGAAAUACCUAAUCCAAACGUUUUCAGGCGUCUUCUCAAUCGACGCGAUCACUGGCCAAGUCACGACCUCCCAAACGCUGACUCAACCCCUCUACACCCUUCUCAUCGAAGCGUCCGACAACGGAGUGCCACGUAGAAGCGACACGGCCGAAGUGACGGUCACCGUGCGAGGGACCAACCCCUCCCCGCCCGCAUUCGACCAAGAGGACUAUAGGAUAGUGAUUGCGGCGCCGGUAAGAGCGGGACAAGUGAUCGGAACGGUGCGAGCGACGGAUCCGGAUCCGGGGAUGGAGGGAAUGGUGACGUACAAACUGAUGAGGGCCGACAACGAGGACCAUCGCAAGUUUUCGAUCAACUCGAAGACCGGGGUGAUAUCGGCGAUGGAGCAGCUGGCGAUCGAGGACGGUCCCAUCGAGUUGACGGUCGAGGCGUCGGACAAUGGAAAGAACUCGCGGAGGAAGGUGAAGACGGCGGUGAAGAUUGAUAUUGUGGAUUCGAAGACGCUCAAGUUCCUUCCGCUCCCCACCACUGUCUACAUUUCGACGGAGAAAGCGGUCGGAAGUGUGGUGCUUCGAGUCUCGGCGAUUUCCACCGAAGACGAGAACAUCAAGUUCCGCGUGCUGCAGGACAACUCGCAGUUUGUGAUGGACGGCGACUUGUUGAGAGUCUCGAACCACCUCGUCGAGGGCGAAUCGAUAUUGUCGAUUCGUGCGGAGACGGACACGGUCCACAUUGACCAUCAACUCAAAGUGGUGGUCAUGUCGGACCGCGACAAGUAUCCCGUGUUUCCCCAGUUGACGUACGACUUUGACGUGAGCACGGACGGUCACUUCCCGCGAGUCGUCCAUCAAUUCAACGCGAAACUCGGCAACGGAACCCUCCGGUACACAUUCUUCCCGCCCACGCCGCCGCAAGGAUUCUAUCUGGAUGAAAAGUCGGGAGAGCUCUUCGUCACUUCACAGUUUCCGGCCAAGAACAAGGACACUGCGUUCGUCGUGGUCCGUGCCAUCAACCAGCAGGACCAGAAGUUCUACUCGGAUGUUGGGGUACUUGGGCACAUAUCAACACUGUUAAUGUAUAAACUUUUGAUUUUAUUAGGUCGCCAUCACGCCAGUCUCUGCGAUCAAUCCGACGUUGCGCUUCCAACAAUCGGCCUAUAAUUUUGAGGUCUACGAGAGUUUGCCGCAAGGCGACGCGAUCGGGACCAUUUCUGUGGUAAGUGCCUCAAAGUUCUAGGUUCAUUUUCUGAUUUACCGCUCCAAAACGAAGAAAGUCUCUUAUGCAGGGGGCUGGGCAAUUGGUCGGCACGGGCUUUCCUGGACUUUUCAACCACUUGCAAUAUUCCGAUCGAACCCAAACUUUGCAGGCUUCUUGGACAUGGUUUGAAGCAUAUUGGGACCAAGUUUCAGCCCGAUCGGAUUAUUUGGUCCCGAGAAAUGUGGAUCAUUGACCGAAAUUGGUCGGAAGCCCUGGCUUUUCCACAUAUCUCGGGGCCCGACGAUCGGAUCGGGCUGAAACUUGGACCCAAUGGCCCUCAAUCCAAGUCCAACAAUCCUGCAAAGUUUGGGUCUGAUCGGAAUAUUGCAAGUGGUUCAAAAGUCCAAGCCCGAGCCGGCCAAUUGCCCAGCCCUGGUCUUAUGAAAAACAUGUUUAAUUUUAGACGGGCGGCGCCUCGAACAACAUCAAAUUCUCCCUCUCGCCGGACAAUUCGUUCCUCGGAAUCCACAAAAACGGCACCGUGUACCUGGCCGAGAAAGUGGAUGCGGAGGAGAUGGAGGACGAGCUCGUGCGCGAGUUCACAGUCGUCGCAUCCAACGGCACCGAGACGGCGAAGGCGCGCAUCCAGGUGGCCGUUCGCGAUGUGAACGAGUUUCAGCCCGAGUUUGACGAGUCGGACAUUGAGAUGUCUGUGGAUACGGACGCGGCGCCGGGCACUCGCAUCGGACGGGUCCAGGCGCACGAUAAGGACGUGUCGGAGAAGAACCGGCUCAUCUACCGGGUCGUCGGAGGUUCCGGAAGGAAGCUGGUGUUCAUUCAGGAGGACGGAACGAUUAUUGUCGGAGAUGAGAAGAUUGACCCGAGUUUGGACAGUUUUGAUCUGAUCAUUGAGGCCGUGGAUCGGAAUGGAAAUCAUGUUAGUAUCAGAGCCGCUGGUGUAGAUAUUGAAAAGUGGUCAACUGAAAACAUGUGCAGAAUGUUUCGAUGAGCAUUUUAUCAGUUGACAACUUUUUCGUAUCUCUAUUGCCUGUUGAGAUAUAUUAGUUCAAAGUCUUUAAUUUCAGGACUCGACGCACGUGAACGUCUUCGUAGAGGGAUCCGAAGAAGAUCCAGAAGAACCGCCUUCGUUUCUCGGAGAGCCUCUUGUCUGGAACGUUACAGAGGGCACGACGCAGAGCUUCGAGCUUCGAGCCACCGGCUCCACAACUGGAUCCUCUUCGAUUCGCUUCAAAAUCGUCGGCGGCGACGCCGAUGGCCAUUUCGAUAUUGUCCAUUUGCCGGAAGAGAACACGGCACGUCUUCGGAUAGUCUCCGAAUUGGACAAGCGACGGCAGGAGAGUUAUACGCUGCAAGUUGAGGCACGAGACGAGCGCAGCCAACUGAGUCGCGUGGCCGAGGUGACGGUCAAUGUGAUUGAGGGGAACGAGCACGCGCCACAGUUCACACGCGACGACUACUCCGGCACCAUCCCGUCGGACAUCACCAUCGGAGCGCCGAUCGUCACAAUCGAGGCCGCCGACGUGGACCGCGAUCCGCUAGAGUUCUCGCUUCAAGGAGAACUGUGCGAGCAACAGCUGAGCAUCGACAACCGCGGGCGAGUCGCGUACAGGGUUCCGCAACACGAGCGGACCGCCGGAUCCGUGGUGUGUAUCGUCGUGGUCUCGGACGGCGUGCACUCGACGAACACCAACUUGAGAUUGAGAGUGACGCCGCCGGCAGAAGCGACGCAGUGAGUUGAGCGCAUUUUCGAACUGUCUGCUAUUCUCAAAUUUCAGACCGCCCACGCCGAACCGCGCUCCGAUCUUUGCCAACGCCGAAUUCGACUUUUCCAUUCAGCGCAACGCCAAGGCGAUUGGCGCGGUGAAAGCGACGGAUCCCGACGGCGACAUUCUCGACUAUUCGAUCGAGCCGACCGAGUACCGUAACCUGUUCCACGUGGCGUCCGACGGACUCGUCACCAUUCUCGAGCCACUCCACCAGCAACGAUACAGUUUUCUGGUGGUCGCCGAGGAUCGAGGUGAGCCGAUCAUGUCCUCGUUCACCAAUGUGAAGGUGACGGUGGAGCCCGAAGAGCAAAGAAGUGAAGACAACGACAACGAAGUAUCGCUGGGCGCCGGUGUCAGAACAGUGCCGACGGAAGCGCCGAUCGCUCGGAGCAGCCUGCCGGCGCCAGAACUUCAAUUCUCGCAAUCGGUGUACAGCUGGAAAGUCGAGAAUGGACUGCCGGUCGGAUCGAUAGUCGGACAGGUGAAACUGAACCAGAAGGAUCGCGCGGAUGUGCACUACUCGUUCAUCUCCGCCGAUUUUCUGUCGAUCGAUCCGGAAGGCCGGGUGGCCGUGCUCAAACCGUUGACUUCUACGAUCAACGACGUCGUCAUUGCCACCAGCGACGGUAAUAUUCUCGCUGAGACACGGAUCUUUGUGGCUGUUGACGCGACGACUGUUGCAACAACAACAACGGAACCUCCGACCACACAAACUCUUGCCCCACUCGAGGAAAGUACGUACAGUACCUCUCAAGCGACGACGAUGAUGCCUAUAUCGUCUGCCAGAAUUGUACCGAUGGAAAUUCCAAAGCCUGGAAAGUUCCAGUUCGCACAGCCCAACUACUUUGCGUUCUCGGCCGAGGGCGAUUUUAAGAACGGCAUCGAGCUGGAGAUCAAACCGGAGGAGCUGAAAGUCGAAAACGCGUUGGGACCAGUUGAAUACUCGAUCGAAGACACGACGACGCGCAUGCCGUUCUUCCUGAACGAGCACGGAAAACUGAUCAUGUUCGAGGCGGAUCGCGAACGGCACUCUUCGUACUACUUUACGAUUGUGGCAAAGACGGCGAGUCAGAUGGCGAGGGCUCGGUUGAAUGUGACGAUUCUGGACGUGAACGACAACUAUCCGAGGUUCGAGCCGCAUCCGGAAGUGAUCGGAGUGCGGCGGGAGAUGCACGUGGGCAGCCCGAUCUAUCAGUUCAAGGCGAGCGACGACGACGAGCACGGCGCGUUGGCUUAUGAGAUUUCCCCACGCGAAUACUUUUCGAUCGAUCCGCGAGAUGGAAUGAUCCGAGUGCUCCGAGACUUGCACAACGCGCCGGACACUUUGGAGCUCACGGUACGAGUCGCGGAUUCGGGACGCCCGCCGCUGAAGUCCGAGGCCAAGAUUCAGAUGGCUCUGUUCUCGACGGAUCUUCCGCAGUUUACGAGACAAGACGAAAAGGAUCCGGUGACAGUCGGCACCUCAAUGACCCCCGGAACAGUCCUCCGGCAGCUUGUGGCCGGACCGACUGUAGCGGAAACGGACAAAAUACUGUAUCGACUUGUGGACUCGGUCAACGGGAUGUUCGAGAUUCGGGACGGCGGAGUGUUGGUGUUGGCGAGAAGGCCGCUGAACAACGAGGCGAACAGGGACCAUCAGCUGAAUGUGACCGCCGAGAAUAGCAAGGGAACCGAUUCGAUUCAGGUUGGUUCCACUGGGCUCCGUCCGUUCAAACUUAUGUAUCUCAGCUGUUGGUAGAGAUAUCAAAAAGUCGUCAACUGAUAAAAUGUGCAAAAUUUCACAAUGAACAAUUUGUUAGUUCACAUCUUUUUGAUAUCUCUGCGUGCAACUGAGAUAUUGCACAAAUUCUUCAACGUUCCCAUUGUUUCAGCUCCCAAUCUACGUGGAAGGUCGUCUUUCCGGCACAACCACACCGUCUGCCUCCUCCUCCUCGACUCAAACGUCUUGCCAAUUCGCCCAAAAAGUGUACAGAGCCCAGGUGAAGGAGAAUUCGCAGCCGAGAACGGCGGCGGUACGAGUGCAAGCCGGAUGUCAGGAGCCGAACCGGAAGUUCCGAUAUGCAUUCCAUCAGCCGACUCGUGAGUUUGACAUAGGAAAGGAGAUGAAUGAAUGGGUAUUGAUUGAUUUUCUUUUUUUCAGAAGAAUUUGAAAUCGACUCGCAAAGCGGACAAAUUUAUACGAGCAAAUCGUUGGACCGCGAGACGAAGAGCUCGUACUUUUUGAUUGUGAACGUCAUCGAGCAGAAUCGAAUGAUGAAGCGACAGAGCGACGCAGCUGUUGAGCGUCAGUUUCUUUUCAGCAGCACUUUUCUCUCUGUUUUUUGAAUGCUAAAAAAAACGUUUUGCAGAAGCCGCCUCAAAACUGUCCCCAUGGCAAGCGCUCAUCGUCGUCACAAUCGUGGACGAGAACGACAACUCGCCGGUGUUCCUGCAUCUUCUCGAUGACUCGACGCUCUCGGCGGUGGUCGAUCGGAACGCGAACGUGAUGUCUCCGAUCAUUCACCUCCAGGCGCGCGACCUCGACAUUUUCCCACCGUCGCUACGCUUCGGACUCGACGGAGACGGCGUCGAGAACUUUUACGUCAACGAGACGAACGGCCUCGUUCAGCUCGCGCGCUCUCUGGAAAAGAACGACGUGGGGCACUUUGAGCUGCAGGCGACAGUUUCCGACGGAGCACACGUCGUCAAGGUCCCACUGAACGUUUACACGCUCUCGGUGGACACGAACGUGGUCCAGCUGACCAAAGACACGCCGCACUCGGACAUUGAUCCGGCCGACAUUGAACGGAAACUCACCGACGUGCUCGGAGUGGACACACGGAUCCUGGUCGCUCAGCCGUUGGUCUCCGAUGACGGAGUCACAGAUCCACGCAAAAGCCACGUGUUCGUGUACGCGCUGGAGGAUUCCGAUCGGAAACCGAUGGACAGGGACCGACUGAAGGGACUGCUGAUGGACCAUUCGGACGGACUCCACCCGCUACACAUUUCCUCGGUGUCUCUGCUCUCGACCGCAGGAUCCGCCGGUCCUCAGACCCUGCUCACUGUCAUUUUGCUCAUUGUUCUGAUAGCGCUUCUGCUCUUCAUUUGUGCUCUUAUUGUUUUUUGUGCAAAACGGUAGGCUAAGAGACCAAGUGACGACGACGGCGUUCAAGAAUGUUUAUUCCAGACGCUCGAAGACCAAUUCGGGGGCGAUGCUCGAAGGCUCCUACAUGAUCAACUCGGUCGGCUCGGGACCGCGGCCGUAUGACGUGGAGAACAUCAGUCGGGCCACUGCUCAGACGGUGCUCGCCGGAAGACCACUGCCCGAUCCGCAAGAGCACAGGUUUGGAAAUGUCGUGGGCCAACUCUCAACUGGACCGUUUUUCAGAAUCGACGUGUCGUCGGAUUCGACGGACGUGGCACUGGAGCGCGACGACACGACACGUGAAUUCUCGAAUAGUGUUCGCGAGCGACCGAGUCAUCUGCUGUAG